AUGGCGUAUUGAAUUUUUCUUCUUAUACGUUAUUGUGCCUCCAUGUAACGGUGUAUUCAUGGUGGGAUUAAAAAAAAAAAAAAAAAAACACAAGCAACCAAUCAGCUGAUUUAGCGUUGCUUCCAAUUUUUUUUAACAUAAUAUUAAAAUUUGUGUUACGCACUUAUGCCGCAAAACGUUGUGAUAACGAACUGAACGGCGUCUAAUACCGAUUACCGAAACGACUAUCGUAGAUUGAAUGUAGUUAAUUGCCUCGGAUCGAUUAUUAAAAAUCGUGUGCUUUUCGUUUUUGAUUAAUAAUUGUGAACGUGCGUGUUGUAAUAACGAUGUUAAUCCACUGUUCGCUCAUUAUCCAAGAUCUAACUGCUGCACGGCCGAACACACGGUCCCUCAGGUCGUGUGUAAUGACCAAAAAAGAAAACGACGAAUACUAUGUGUGUGUGAAGAACUCUAUGUACCCGACCAUUAAAUCGUACAAACUCACCAUGUUGCAAAACAUUUACCACAGUUUCAUCAAAGAAGGGAAGAUGGGAUUGGAGUUCAGCGAGCCCAGACAAGCAUUGUUGAUAGUAUGCGAAGACAAGAGACUGCUUUACUUGUUCUUCCGUCAACUUAAGAGCAUUAUUAACGGGAACGAUGUAAUCAUCAGUACACGUCAAAUGCCUAAGAAUGUACCUGCUAAAAAUGAACUUAUAAAUCGUUUUGAUCCAUCGUCUCUGCAGUAUGUAGCUGUUAGUCGUUUUGACAACCGUGUAUUGAACAUGAGACAUUUGAGUAAACUUGUGUUGGAAGACUGUGAUUUACCAACAAUUCCUGUACAAAUUGGCCAUUUACCCAUUAAAUAUCUUAGCAUUACAGGUAGUAAACUACCUACUUCAAAAAAUGAACAAGAUGUCUUCUGGAAUUGGACAUCUGGAACCACAAUUUGCUAUACAUUAACAACCUUAAAAAUGGAUUCCGUUGGUAUCAAAAAAUUGCCAUUUGAAAUAUUCUUCUUGAAAAAUCUACAAACGUUAUCUGCAUCCAAUAAUAGUCUGGCAUAUUUACCUCAGUUUAUUGGUGAUCUUAAGAAACUCGAAAGCUUAUUUGUUGCUGACAACUUGUUAGUAUACUUUCCUCAUAUUUUAUCUUGUAGAACCUUCAAAGAAGUCGACAUAUCAAAUAACUCGUUUCAGUUACCGAAAUCUCUAAUGUUCGACCACAUAACUGAAUAUUUACAAAUAUUUGGAAAGGUAGUGAAAGGUGAUUUAGAUUUAGAUAUAAAACCAUUAAAUCAUUUGGCAUUUUACAAUAUGCUGGAAAAUUGGAUACCAUUUAAGAGGCAGGAUAUUCCGCGUACUCUUUGGACAUACUUUGAAGUGGUUGGUCGCUGUAUGUUGUGUAAUAAAUGGAUACUACCAGAUUACUCUCGAAUAACUCAUACAUUUGCUUUACCUUCAGCAAUAAGUACAAUUAAAGAUCACACAAUCAACGGUAUACCAUGGCAAUCAUUAAUAUGUCGUAAUUCAUAUGAUUGUGAGCUACAUGUUUAGAAUAAGCCAUAUUUAUAUAUAUUUAUUGAUAUAAAACUUAAUUAAAUAUAAGUUUUCAUAAAAAUUUACAUUAUCCAUUAUAUCUGUAUAACUGUUUUAACAUCAAACUAAUAAUUUACUCAUUGUACCAUAAUUCGAAACAAAUAAUAAAACCGUUUAAGAGUUUGAGAUUUGAAACAUUAUAUAAUGAAUCUUCUGUUUUUACAAAGUAUGUUAUUUAUUUAUUUUUAAUUUUAAUUAAUUAUAACUGUCUUAAAUACAAAUUUGGUUCACAUACCUUUGUAUAUAAAUUAUAUAAAUUGUAUAUAAUAUUUUUUUUCAUUGUGAUUAUAUUGUGAUAUUAAAAUGUCCCAUUUUACUUGUAUAAAAAUAAGUAUCUCCUUAGUUUUUUUUUUAAAUUUGUUUAAAAUCCUAUUUCAUUAAUCAUUUCUUUACUAAGUACAAUCUAAAAUGAAAAAAAUGUAUGAUAAUAUUUAAUAUUAUUUAAAGAUGUAUUACAAUUUGAAAUACUUAAUAUUACAUAGUCCAUUACCCACACUAAUUUUAACCACAAAAGGAGAGUAUUUUUUUGUGGUUAAUCAAACAUUGACUGAAUAUGUACUAUUUAUUUUUAAUUUUAAUGUCAUACCUACAUAAUAUUAUAUUAUAUUAUCUCUAAGUUAAUAUGAUUAAGAAUAAUUUUAAUUUGAAGUGCAUUGUGUUAAAAGUUAAUUAAGUAUUUUAUAAGAUUAAUGGAAAUAUUUUAAGUAUAGUUAUAAAUCUACUAUUUUGUUGUGUGGAUAAUUGCUGUACUAUGACAUAUAAUAUAAAAAUAUAUUAUGUUUUUUGUAUUAUUAUUUAAAUAUAGGUAAUACUAUUUUAAAUAAUUUUUGUAAUGAUAUAGGUAUUUACUAUUUACUAAUUAUGGCGCCCGGUGCCAAUGUCAUUUUGUCCACAAAAAUACACUCUACAGGAAUAAAAAUUAUUCUGUCUUGU